AUGCCUGGCUUCGACUUCUCAAACUACAACCGCAAUGCAGCGCUGCAUGCCAAGGGUGUCCCUCUGCCAAAGGCCACAAGCACGGGCACCACGAUUGUAGGCUGCAUCUUCGAUGGUGGUGUCGUAAUUGCGGCCGAUACCCGAGCAACUUCAGGUCCCAUCGUCGCCGACAAGAACUGCGAGAAGCUGCACUACAUUGCUCCCCAGAUAUGGUGUGCUGGCGCCGGCACCGCUGCCGACACCGAGUUCACGACUGCCCUCAUUUCCUCGCAGCUGGAGCUGCACUCCCUUUCCACCGGCCGCAAGCCCCGCGUCGUCACUUGCAUGACCCUCCUCAAGCAGCAUCUUUUCCGCUACCAAGGCUACAUUGGAGCGUAUCUCGUCGUUGCGGGGUGCGACCCCACGGGCACGCACCUGUUCACCGUCCACGCACAUGGCAGCACCGACAAGCUGCCGUAUGUCACCAUGGGAAGCGGCAGCUUGGCUGCCAUGAGCGUCUUUGAGACGCAGUGGAGACCCAACCUGUCGCAGGAUGACGCCGUCAAGCUGUGCAGUGAGGCCAUCCUGGCUGGUAUCUUCAAUGAUUUGGGUUCUGGUUCCAAUGUCGACGUUGCCAUCAUCACCCAGGACAAAACGACGCUCAAGAGAAACUAUAUCAAGCCCAACGAGAAGAGCGCCAAGCUCCAGAGCUACGUGUUUCCAAAGGGCACCACGGCGGUGCUCAACGAGAAAAUCAUCAAGAAGAGCGAGAUUGGGCGAUAUGUAAGCGUACAAGAAGUGCCGCUGGCAGGGGAGCAGAUGGACGUGGAUGUGUGA